CUAUAUAUUAUACAAAUGAGCACUCAGAAAAGGAAAGUCCUAGAACACAACAUUGGAUCAUUAUUAUACCAAGGCUCCUGCAAAUAUACAAAGUCUUUUUGGGAAAAGUUAUUAUCUUCGCAGGUUCAGCCGCAGCAGCAGAAGCAGCCAGGAAACAUGAGAGUAUUCUUUGAGUCUCAGUUACCGGACUCUCAAGGCGGGUCGAUGGAUGUAAAUCCAUGGAAUUCUAAUAGUUCAAGCAUCAACCCUGGCCAUUUUAUAUCACCAACUUCAGCUGGUUUGUUUGCAAUGGAAGGGCGCAUGGGCUUUACACAAGGUGAUCUUAGUACUGUUGGUAGCUUAUCCAUAUGUACUCAAGUCACCGAAACUGGCACUCUAGUUAUGCAGACUCAUGAAGACAGUCUGGAUGAUCCUCAAUCACCUGUCAACUUUAGCAUACAAAAUAAUAACAAUCCAAGAAGUGCAGAAAAGAUACAUAUGUAUCGAAGUUCGCCUGGGAAUGAUCUUUUUCCUCCAAUACUGCAGAAAUCACCAAAUAAAUUUACCACUUUGAAUCAAGUAAGGCAAGGCCAUAUUAGUUUCAAAAAUCAUCAGAGCCGUGAGGCUGGUUACAAUCCUUUCAGCAUUCAAUACGCAAAACCCAGUUCCUACUUCAAAUCAUCUGGAGCAGAUAUUGCAUGUAAAACACGUAUUAAAUGGACCCAAGAUCUUCAUAAGCGAUUUGUUGAAUGUGUAGAUCGUUUAGGAGGAGCUGAAAAGGCUACUCCAAAGUUGAUCCUGAAGCUGAUGGGGGUUCAAGGAUUAACAAUAUUCCAUGUUAAAAGCCACUUGCAGAAAUAUCGCAUUGCUAGAUAUAUUCCCGAAUCAACAGAAGGAAAAUCUGACAGAGGAGUUGCAAAUUUAAUAUCAAGACUUGACCCAAAAACAGGCAUGCAGAUAGCUGAAACACUAAAAUUGCAGCUUGAUGUCCAGAGGUGUCUACAUGAACAAUUGGAGAUACAAAGAAAUUUACAGUCGCGGAUCGAAGAACAAGGGCGGCAACUCAAACAGAUGUUAGAUCAACAACUAAGAACAAACAAUACUUUGCGGGAAGCCAGAAACUCAGAUUUCACCUAUCGGGAAGAUCCAUCAAAUGAUACCCACUAACCUUUCAAAUAUAAGUAUAAAUGUUGUGUACCUCAAGACAGAUACUGACCCUUAGAUUGUUCAAUUGAGUUCUAUCAUUAGCUCAGUUUAGUGAAAGGAUUAAUGCAGGAAUAACCUCUUUAAUCUAACUGCUAUUAAUCAA